AGCAACAUUGAGAUCCGAAUUCUUCAUUCUUUCAUCAUCAUCAUUCACACCACAGUAAAAUUCACAAACCAAUCAAUCCCCAUUCCCCACUGUCACCAAAUUGUCUCACUCAUAAAGGUACUAACAACAACCAGUUCCAAUUUAAAUUUAAACACCCUUUUGCACCAUUAAAAAAACAUUAAAAAAAACAAAAAACAAAUUGUUUGUGAAUCAAAACAAAUACAACAACGUUUGGUGUUUCACACCCAAACACACAGUUUUUGCUUCAAAAGACCCAUCACUUUAUUUAUCAAAAAGCUUAAAACUUUUCACCCAAUUCAGUGACCCAUUUGCCGGAAGAUUCUGUCUCCGGUGAGUUUCCGGCGAGAAAUGGAGGUGGAGAGUGAAAAGCCAGGAUCUGAUGGAAAAGUUUGGAACUUUUGUAGAAUGCCGUUUUGGCAAACGAGUCAUAAUCCUUCGUCUUCAUCAACUACUACUACUACGUCUUCUUCAUCUACAUCUUACAUGCAUAAUGUUCAUCACCAGAGUCAGAGUGUUCAUUCUAUUGACAGAUCUAUUACUCAAUCUUCUGCUACGGUUUCAUCUGUGGCUAAGUCUUUGCUUCCUACAAGGAGAAGGCUUCGUCUUGAUCCUCCCAACAAGCUCUACUUUCCUUAUGAACCUGGUAAACAAGUUAGGAGUGCCAUCACAAUUAAAAACACUUGCAAGUCUCAUGUAGCUUUCAAGUUUCAAACAACUGCGCCUAAAAGUUGUUACAUGCGUCCUCCGGGCGGCAUUCUUUCACCCGGUGAAAGUAUAAUUGCCACUGUGUUCAAGUUUGUUGAACCACCAGAGAACAAUGAGAAACCAACUGAUCAAAAAAGCAAGGUUAAAUUCAAAAUCAUGAGCCUAAAAGUGCAAGGGGAAAUGGACUAUGUACCUGAACUGUUUGAAGAGCAAAGAGAUCAAGUAGCUGUAGAGCAAAUUCUUCGGGUUGUUUUUCUUGACCCUGACCGGAACAGCCCUGCCAUGGAUAAGCUUAAACGUCAGUUAGCUGAGGCGGAAGCUGCAUUGGAAGCACGAAAGAAACCCCCAGAGGAGACCGGUCCACGAGUUGCUGGAGAGGGACUUGUUAUAGAUGAAUGGAAAGAAAGAAGGGAAAGAUACUUGGCGAAGCAGCAGGUUGAAGGUGUUGUGGUUGAUUCAGUGUAAACUGUAAAGUACUUAUUUCAUUCUUCUUCUGACCUUAUGUCAAAGAUCUUUUGUAUGUUCUGAAAUUUAAUUUCUUGGAGGCAUUAAUCUGUCAAUUAAUGGUUGAGUGACAUAUACAAUUUGGUAAGAAGAUAUGUUGAGAAAACACUUGUCUAUUUUUGUUUUUUUUUUCUUUUCAUAUUCAAUGAUGUUUGUGGUGUAUGAUAAAUGUGAGUGAAUUAGUACAAUAAUCGGUUUUACUUAA